AGUACCUACCUACCUUACCCAGAUAGGCACAAUUAGUUUGAAGUGGUGAGCUAAGCUACCUCAUCAACCACCUUUAAACUCGUCAGAUCAGGCCUUUGAUCCCAUCGAAAUCAUCCAAACAAAAUAUGUGAAGCUUGGUCAAGUUGACCGUUCACAUUGCAAGACUGCACACGACUCAAACUGGCAACCAAACUUUCAGCGAUAAUUCGAACUGCUCACGUCAACCUACCUACAGAUUUACCAACCUACCUAAUCGCAAGUAACUACCUAGUUUACUUACCUACCCUGGCUACCCAAGGUACCUAGCUGCGCCCCUGAGUACGCAACCUGAGAAAGCCGACAUGGCGACCAACAACGGCUCUGCCGAGGAGCGCAAUACACCUUCUCCAUCUUCCCGUCCGGGUAAUUCGCUCCAGGCAGCUGCCACAAUGAACGCCGGGCUCCAGCAUGAGAAUUCCAGAGGGUCAUCAACUGGUUCCCUUUCGAGGAACAGUCUUCAUUCGCCACAUGGUCGGCGUCGACGCUCAUCCAUUCUCAUGAACUUGCAACUGAACGACCCCGGCCUGCCCGCGCCCGGUGAGAUGGUGGCGGAUCAGAACGGAUCCAGCCAUCACAUGCCUCCGUCCCCACGAUCGCCAAUCAUGAUUGGCCGGGAUCCUUUGAACCGUCACGGUCGACAGCCGAGCUUGGGCGAGAUACAUCAGGAGUUUGAGGCCGAGACCGAGGCUCAUGUGAACCGUCUUCUACAAGUUAUCCGCGAUCAGCAAAUUCAGCUUCAGCAAGCACAGGCCCAGGGGCAUCUACCGCAUGUGGCAGCUGGCGAUGAUAUCGCCGUCCAAUCUGGACCUCCAUCCUCUUCGUUGCCGUCAGCCGCACCAGCCUCAAGCAUGCUUCCGCGCUCACCCGUACAGGCUCAGCAUCGCGGUUCCUUUGAUUUUGUGCGCGGCGACAUGGCGCAGAGGACCCCAAGCUAUACUGCUUCCCCCCGGCUCCGCUCCACCUCCAUCAGUGGCGACAGCGAGCACAUGGCCCUAGGUGGACGUGACGAGAGUGCCUUCUAUCAGGCCGAGACUCAGAUGCUCACCAGAGAGAACCAGAUGUUACGUCAUCGAAUUCGUGAUCUUGAGCGACAACUCAGCGAGCUGGGCAGCAGCCCCGGUGCCGGUGCCGUACCGCAUGAGCCAUUCCAGCAUUCUCACCUCACCCAAUCCACCUCGGCGGCUGAGGAGGACUCUACGACCGCCAGAGAAUCCCAUGCUGGAGCGGCUGCGGCCUCACCUCCGGUAGCUGAUGGCAUUGGCAAGUGAAUGGCUUGAGGCACUCAACAUAAAGCUCUCUUUCAGACCCUGCCGUACGCAUCCCUUGAUUCAGGAUUUCUUACGACAUUUCUGAUAGAUUUUGCUCCGCGUUUCGCGUCUCAUGGGCACCUUUUACGAAGCUACGACCUCUG